AUGUCCUCCAAUCCUCACCAGGUCACAGCAAGAGAGUUUGUAAGGUUGGUCAUACUCUAUGAGAGUAAGCAGGCAAGCGAACUAGGAUAUUCUACAAGCAGUGAAACCACAAGCAGCGGUCGCACAAAGAUUUCGGGUGGGGACUGGCAGCCCCUGCUCCUUCAGAAUCCCGUGGCCGAGCGUGGUGCUCGAAAUUGGUCUUUCCGAGGGCCCCGCGAAGUUGAAGAAAGACGCAGAGUUUUGGCUAAAGGAAUCUCAAGGAGAAACGAGAGCCGUCAUCACGCUGAACAUUUCGAAGGAACUUGGUCGGCUCACACUUCAGAAUUGGAUGAUGCAAGGACAAAGCAUUAG